AUGAAGGGCUUCGAUGUGCUUCUCACCUUCAUCUGGCUUCAGGCCACGACUGUUUGCGCCGUACCUGCAGAACUUUACACAGUCUCGGCUAUAUCUCACAGAAGACGUGCCUUUAACGCAGCCACGCAACGGUCCUACACCGACUCCUUCCUCGGUGGUGGUGUAAUCAACGUGGUUCAAGGGUCCCCGGAUUUACCAGCCGUAUACUCAGCAUCAGCCAUAUGGAAUGUUGCCUACAUGAUGCCAGAAACAAAUGUGAACUAUAGCGACCCAACCAACCAACACAGCAUGUCGCAAUGGGUUGGCAUUCUCGGCGGUGGCUGCGGUAACGCCUCGUACUUUCCGUUCUUCCAAGCCGGCACGGAUGUCAGAAUGAGCGAGAAUGGGACGUCGGAAAGCACCGCGUGGGUCGAGUGGUUCCCUGCCGGCGCACACUUCUUGCCGGCUGUGAAUAUGACCGGUGCGUUACUGGACGUUCUGCGAUGGAGUCAUCAUGCUAAUGGGGAUGCCAUACGCCAAGUCGAGCCGGGGAACAUCAUGAGCGUGACAUUAUACACGUACACGCAAACCACCGGCUAUAUCCACAUGAUCAACCUCAGCACGGGCCAGACCUGGCAAUCCCCCAUCACGGCAGACAGCCCCGCGGACCCGUCCUUCCAGAUAUGCCUCGGGUAUGGCACUGCACAGUUCUUCGUCGAGUGGAACAUCGAGAGCAACCGCAGCGCGCCGCUGGCCUUCAACAACAUUACCUUCAGCGGCGUCAGCGCAAUAGGCCGCUUGAACGUGUCGGCGCCGGCACAGGGGGAGUCGCAGCAAGGGGGGACUUACUACGACCUCGGCAGCAACGGCGCCGACUACUGGAACAUGACGGACGACCAGCUCGGGCCUAUUACUAUUUCUGAGCCUGUGGACGCGCACAGUUUUCGCGUGUACUCGCCUCUGGGUAAGUUCUGGGACCCUACGGCGGCGGUGCUGCGGGCGAAUGUUUCUGGGUAUGGGGCGGGAGGAGCGGAGGCUUAG